AAGGUGAAAGUUUUUCUGUUGUCGUUGCAAGAAAAAGUUGUGUUUUGGUGAUUACAACUAUUUUUAGGAAUAAUUCAAACAUGAAUCAAAGCAGCAAAUCAGCAGCAAGAUGCCGACUGUGCCUUCGGUUGGUAGACUCACAGGAGCUGAUGGCAAUGCUUUACGAAGACCCGCCUGGUCCACUGCACAGUUUCGCACAGAAGUUGCUCUCCGAUGAGUUUGCAUUAAACAGUCCGCAAUUCUGUAGCGACUGUUUCUCUAUGUGGAACAUGAUGCAGGACUUUCUUAAUUCUUGCCUGCGGGCAAACGAAGUUCUGCGUUUGAGUAAGCAUGUUGCCCUUCGGAAGGCUUGGGUUGGCUGCGAUGACGAACAGCGUAUGUUUAUUGAAGUUUGCCGGGUAGUGAAGCGUCAUUUCAACGAAAUGGGGAAAUUGCUGUGCACUCUACAGCCCGAAACUUGGGUGCCAUCCAAACCUACGAUGAGUGUUCCGCAAUCGUCGCCUGAAAUCAACAAAACGCACCCUGCCGUGACGAAGCGCGAGAACGUAAGAACGUAUCGAAAAAAUAAUCCUGUGGUGGAUCCGGAUCGAAACGCUCCGGUUCCAGUGAUGCUAGAGAAAAUUGAACCUCUGGAAGUCAAAGAAGAGGCACCACUCGAUAUCGACGAUUCUUCGGCGUUUGUGUCGGAUGAACAGUCAAGUCUGCUCAUGCAUGUGAAUUACAAUCUUCAAGCUGAACCGGAGACAGAUUCGUGCGAUGUAGACACUACUGAACAUGCGAUUACGGUUGUUGAACCGGAAAUAGAUCAGAUUGAUUUGCUCGACAGUAGCAGCGGCGAAGACGAUGCGGUAGUAGAUCAGAAAGAAGGCGGUUCGCGGAAGAAAAAAACCGCGAUUCGCUUCGACGAAGAAAAGCUGAAAAACAUUUGUCAAGUUUGCGGAAUAAAAACCGACAAUAUGGCUGCCCACCUUGAGAUGCACAUCAGAAGACCAAGCGAAAAGAAGAAAAUGGGACCACGACAGGUUAAUACGGCACCAAAGAGUAGGGUGAAAAUCGUUAAAAAGGAACCGCGAGUUAUGCCCAUCACUAAAAAGAGUAGCUUACUGCAGCGAGCGGAACUACAGUCGGGAACGUUACAGUGUCAGGUUUGUGGUAUUGGCAUGUCCAAUCUACUGGUGGCGAGGAUCCACGCUCGUUCUCAUGCGUCUGGCAACCUGUAUAGUGUUAAAAAUCCCUCUAAGGAUUGGGUUUACGAAAAGUAAACUCGGAGGAAAAUAAACAUAGUUCUUAACAUAUUAGUAUUAAGCUUAUUUAGCGAAGGCUUUUUUUGAUUUUCUUUUUUUUUAUUUAUUCGAAUAUUUUCUGAAUAGUUAAAAUAUGGUUUAAGAAUAGUUGUAUGAAGUUUG